AUGGUAGAAUGUGCCUCACAGAUGAAGAUCAAGCUACUGCACUCCACACCGUAUUAUGCGCAAGCUAACAGACAGGCCGGGGCAACUAACAAGGCCAUCAAGCUAAUCGUCUUGAAGAUGAUCGAAGAAAAUCCAAGACAAUGGAUGGUGUAUGGGCACGAUACGAUGCUGCCAAUGGAAUUGUUGGUCAUGUCAACUCGCCGUCUUCAUGAAAACAAACUAUCCAAGGGCGAUUGCUUUGACAAAAUGGUGAUAGAGGCACUUGACAUGGAUGAAGAAAGGUUAACAGCACCGGAUCACCUCGAAACCCAAAAAAGGAGGGUAGAGCGAGCAUGCAACAAAUGGGUCAAAUCAAAGAGUUUCAUCAUGGGCGAUUUAGUAUGGAAGUCGAUCUUACCCAUAGGUCAAAAAGACAGGCAACUUCGCAAGUGGAGUCCAAAAUUGGGAGGGUCCCUUCAUUGUGACUACAACAUUGGCCAAUGGGGCAUAUGUUUUGGCCUAUUUCGAUGGAGACAAGCACGACAGGGCGAUCAACGUCAGUUUUUGAAGAAAUAUGCUUAUAGCUGUUGGGAAACCGUAGAUCAAUGA